AUGGCUUCGUCCUCAACCCCAAUAACGCCGCUGCUCUACUCGUGCAUCGCGCACAACAGCACAAUCCUCAGCGAGUGCACGACGUCGGCGUCGAGCCAGACGUCGUCGCUGGCAUCGCUGAUCCUGCCCAAGAUCGACCACUCGACGCCGCAGAAGCUGACGUACACGCACGGGGCGUACCACAUCCACUACAUCUCGGAGGCGCCGUCAGAGCACCCAGAAGACGGCAGCAGCGCAGGGGGGCUGACGUUCCUAGUAGUAGCAGAUAGCAGCCUAGGGCGGCGCAUUAGCUUCGGGUUCCUGGUGGAGGCGCGGCGGCGGUUCCUGGCGCGGUUCCCGGCGGCGACGGCCGACUUUGGCGACAUGCCCAACUACGGCGCGGCGGCCUUCAACGGCGACCUGCGCGGACUGAUGGUCGAGUACGGGACGACGGGCCGCGGGCGCGAGGACGCGCUGACCAACGUGCAGCGUGAGAUCGACGACGUGCGCGGCAUCAUGACGCGCAACAUCGAAGGGCUGCUUGAGCGCGGCGAGCGCAUCGACCUGCUCGUCGACAAGACGGACCGCCUCGGCGGCAGCGCCCGCGAGUUCCGCGUCCGCAGCCGCGGCCUUAAGCGCCGCAUGUGGUGGAAGAACGUCAAGCUCAUGGGCCUGCUCGCCUUGGUGCUGGUCCUGAUCAUCCUGACGAUAGUGAUUUCGGUCAAGAGCAGCCUGGGCGGCUGA